CUGCCUAGGAUUGGAACACAUAUCUCCUUGCCAGGCAGCAGGCGGAAGCGGAAGCACGUGGCAUGAAUGGACCACAUUGGAACCUCGAUUCCGAGACACGCAGCUUGUUGACCACACUUAUGGCACACGCAAAUCGGCACGGUGGCUGUCAAGCGAAGAGAAAUGCCGCUAUCGCCCAUUUAGAUUGUGUCCUUGCUGAGAGAGCGCGCACGGCGGAUUUGACUCGUGGAGCAGACACGUAGGAGAGUGGUAUGAGAGUUGAGGCAGAAAUGCAACGGUUUGCUCCUCCCUCGCGUUUUCCCAUGACGAGGCUUAAUAUACCGUAUCAUAGUCAAUCCACGAGCGUUCUUUCGUGACGUUGAGUCCUGAUGCGCCUCCAAGCAGUCUACACCGUUCUGGAGGAGAUAUUCACAUUGGCCGAGUUGUUACAAUGUCUUCAUUCACGCAUGCUUGGUGUUGGAAACCGUCACCGGUGUCGCAUUCACGCGUUCUACAGCAUUCACCACUCCAACAACUUGUGUAUAUCUGUCGAUGUCUCGCUCGUUCAGUUCCUCCGUACUCGCCCAAAGACAUCAGCCUGGUCUCAUCGGUGCGUUACUACACCUCACAAGGCGCCGUGCAGGUUGAUUGCUGACUGCUCUACAGCUACGAUGUGUCUGAAACUGUGGUGGUUCCAUUCAUGCGAUCACGAACCCGAUACUCAUAGAAUCAAAUGCUAUGAAUGGCGUCUGCUCAAGGCCGCCAACACUCCAAAUCUCCCCCGCAAGUGUCCCGAUACACAAGACAAGGAGUACGAGCACGACUUCUGCUGCUCGACGGAGUGCUGCAUCAGGAGAUUCGACGCGGGUUGGCGGGCGUACCUCACAGCAGCGGAAGAGGCUGGGAUGAUUCGAUGGGGCCAGCACGGCUCGUCUAAUCGUUCGGUGUUGAGGAGAGAUUUGGUUGAGAGGGCGGACCGGCUUCGCGACGAAGCUAACAAACAUCGCGAAUGUGACGUUAAGAGAGCUGCAGCUAAUGCUGAGCUGCAGCGUGCGCGUCGUUCGCAGCAAACUGAUUCGGAGGAUGACGAGGAGUAGCUUGAGAGGAGGCUAUGCCCUCUAAAGAUCGCGGAGAGAUGUGACCAGCCGUCGGAGAUGUCCGAAGCGUCUUCCAGGUACUCGUGUAAC